GCGAGAUGAGAAAGGCCCCCCCAGAGCAACAGAGUCUAGCUAGGAAUGCAUGGAAGAUCUUUAAAAAGAAGGUUCACAUCUCGAACACACUUCCGCUGACACUCACACAUACACACCACCUCGCACCAUACAACCAAUCGGUACAGUCAACACAACAAUCCACUCCACCAAAUUGCACUCAGAAUCCACACAAAUACAACACAAACACACACACACACAACCUGUCUGACUGUGGGUGUGUGUCGACAGACACACCACUCUAGAGAUUGAGGUAACCUUUUGUGUCCCACAAUGUAAACAGCCUGCUGUACUUUGGAGCGCUUCAUCGAUUAGAUGACUGAUUUCUCCUGUCUUCUCAAUCUGAGGAUUUCUCAGAGUAGACAUGAUGGCAAAAAUCUUCUUGCUUUUUAUUAUCUCUGUGGUGACACAGGAAUGUAGCCACAACUGUGAAGCUUCGGUCUUCCUCUCUCUGCGCUCGGCCUCCGACGUGCUGAGGAGAGAGCGGCGCUACAACAAGGGAUUUUUAGAGGAGAUGUACCCCGGGAACCUGGAGCGCGAGUGCUUUGAGGAGAAAUGCAACUUCGAGGAGGCCCGAGAAGUGUUUGAGAACAAGGACAAAACAAUGGAGUUCUGGUACAAAUAUGUUGAUGGAGACCAGUGUGCUUCCUCGCCCUGUCAGAACGGAGGCCUGUGUAAAGACGACAUCAAUUCCUACGUCUGCUGGUGCACCAGUGGGUUUGAUGGCAAGAACUGUGAGAUAGAGACUGUCCGGCGGUGUGAUCUGAACAAUGGAGGGUGCAUGCACUUCUGUGAGCCGCACCCUCAGGAAAAGGUGGCGUGUUCCUGUGCGAAGGGAUACAAGCUGGCUGAGAACAGGAGGGACUGUGUGGCUGAAGCCGCAUUCCCCUGCGGAAAGCUGGGCCUGUCUGUCAGCUCCAGCCUGGCGGGCUCCCAGUCUGUGCGCAGGAUCGAGGCGGACAACGAGACGGAGAGCUCCCUUCCGGACAACUCCACCGCCACGCUCACCCCCAUCCUCGCCGACAAGAAACAGGAAACGCGCAUCGUGGGAGGCAACACCUGCCAGCCCGGAGAGAUUCCCUGGCAGGUGGUGAUGAUCUACAAAGCCAAGGCCCAGUGGUUCUGUGGGGGCUCCAUCCUGAGCCAGAACUGGAUCGUGACAGCAGCUCACUGCUUUGGCAAUAAAAUUCCUCUUCGCUCCAUCAUCAUCAGGGCAGGUGAGCACGACCUGACCAAGGACGAGGGCACGGAGAGCAACCACCACAUCGCGGAGGUGAAGAUCCACCCCCAGUACAACAGCACCAGGAGCCAGUACAACCACGACAUCGCCCUCGUGCGCCUCCGCGAGCCCAUCGCCCUCCGGGAGUUCGCCGUGCCCGUGUGCCUGGGGCCCAAGGACUUCACCGAGGGGCUGAUGCAGCCGGGCGACGCCGCGGUGGUGAGCGGCUGGGGCAAGCUGGCGCAGGGCGGGGCGCAGUCCGUCGUGCUGCAGAAGGUGGAGGUGCCGUUUGUCGACCGCAAGAACUGCAAGAUCAGCAGCCAGACCGAGGUGUCGAGGAACAUGUUCUGCGCCGGGUACCUGGGGGAGAAGAAGGACUCUUGCCAGGGGGACAGUGGGGGUCCCCAUGUCACCAAAUACAAGGACACCUGGUUCCUCACGGGCAUCGUCAGCUGGGGGGAGGGCUGUGCUUUGGAUGGCAAGUACGGCGUUUACACCAAGGUGUCGCAGUACUACAACUGGAUCACAAACAUCCUGGGCGCCGGCCUCUGACCUGCGGCUCCGCCAGGCAUGUCCGCCUCUUCCCAGCUGCACCUGCGAUGAAAGCGUCCACAUUCCUGCUGUAUUUAGAUAGAGUCCACAGCACAGAACCACGGCGCUGCACAUGCCCCGGAAUGGAAAUCUUCUCCACCUGUUGAAAAGCGAGCAUGAUGAAGUGAAAAUGAAGUUUUUGCGAACUGUAGUUUAGUUUUCCCUGUAGUCAUAUGUGUGCGAGCUCCUAAACUUAACCCUGUAGUCAGUGCAGACUUGCAUUAUGGCUGAACACUAUGACAUUACAAUGGUAGUCUCUAACUGCGAUUUGCUCUCUCGGUGCAUUUAAACAAAAGAGACAUCAAACUAACUAAUAAAUUAAAUUUAAGGCUUUGAAAAUUGA